AUGUCAUUUCACAAUUUUAACAGCACAACGUGUCUGUUGCUCGUCAUCUUUGCAGCAACUUUGACACUUUUUACUGUGGAAACAUUUUCACAAUCACCAUCGGGAACACAACACAAUCAUGAACCCAGUUUAAAGAAGAAAAAGAAUUUCAAUGAUCAUCCAAGUUUUGAAUUUGAUCCUCAUCCAUUCCGAUAUGUUUUUCCCGAUUUUUUUGAAUGUGAUUCCAACGUUACCUCCAUUCGAACCUUUCUCGUGGUGUUAACAGGAAAAACCAAAGACAAACAAGAGAAGAGACAACUCAUUGAAAAACAAAAAUCAAAAUUUUCAACCAUGUUAGUGAGUAGCAUUGAGGAAUUGCGAGAACAGCCACAUCGAGUGAAGGAGCAUGAAGAACAAUUUAACAAAUUAGUAGAUUUGAUUUUUAAUGUGGAUUUAACACCUGCCAAAGUAUGUCAAUACGUCUAUGACACAGUAUUUGAAUAUGACAUGAAGAAAUUGGGAAAAACAGUGGUGCAUUCGAAGGAAGAAUAUGAGCGAGUGGUGAAAGAGAAGCAACGAGAGAGGGAACAGCGAGGGAAGAGCGCUCAAGAAGGUAAAUCAAAUAAAGAGAAGAAUGAACUGUAG